AAGAUGGUGGCGGGGCCGAGCCGCGGGCGCUGAGGCGGCGCCGGGACCGGGACCGGGUUUGGGACAGGGACCGGGAUCGGGAACGCCACCGGGAGGCGGGGCUGGAGCGGGAACAGGGCGGGCCAUGGCCGGCGCCGCCGCUGCCGCGCGUUGAGGCCCAGCCGCUCACCCGGGCCGGGAUGCCCCGGGGGGGGCCCGGGCCGCCGCCGGAGCCAUGGAGGAGGAGGGCAAGAAGGGCAAGAAGCCUGGCAUCGUGUCCCCGUUCAAGCGCGUGUUCCUGAAGGGGGAGAAGGGCCGGGACAAGAAGGCCCAGGAGAAGGUGACGGAGCGGCGCCCGCUGCACACCGUGCUGGUGGCCCCGCCCGACCGCGUGGAGCCCGACCUGCUGCUCCACGACUACAUCGAGAAGGAGGUCAAGUAUUUAGGGCAGCUCACUUCCAUCCCGGGGUACCUGAACCCCUCCAGCCGCACGGAGAUCCUGCACUUGAUCGACAAUGCCAAGAGAGCCCACCAGCUCCCGGGGCAGCUGACCCCGGAGCACGACGCCGUCAUCAGCCUCUCUGCCUACAACAUCAAGCUGGUGUGGAGGGACGGGGAGGACCUGAUCCUCAGGGUGCCCAUCCACGACAUCGCCUCCGUCUCCUACAUCCGGGAUGACUCCGCACACCUGGUUGUGCUCAAGACAGCUCAGGAUCCCGGGAUCUCGCCCAGCCAGAGCCUGUGUGCCGAGGGCUCCAAGGCGCUGACGUCGGGCUCGCUGUCAGAGAGCGCAGGGGGGCCGCUGGAGUCCUGCUGCCUGGUGGUCCUGGCCACAGAGAACAAGGUGGGUGCUGAGGAGCUGUGCUCCCUGCUCAGCCAAGUCUUCCAGAUCGUUUACACCGAGUCCACCAUCGACUUCCUGGACCGCGCCAUCUUCGACGGCGCCUCGACGCCCACGCGGCACCUGUCCCUGCACAGCGAUGACUCUUCCACCAAAGUGGAUGUGAAGGAGCCCUUCGAGGCGGAUGCCAGCACUUUUUCCUUUGCAGACACGCUGGAAGCAGGGGACACGUCCCCGUCCUCCUUCUCAGCCCGCCCGUCCCCACACGUCACCACGGCCAGCGAGAGCGAGCUCAGCACCACGGCCACCGAGCUGCUCCAGGACUACAUGAUGACGCUGCGCACCAAGCUGUCCUCUCAGGAGAUCCAGCAGUUUGCCAUGCUGCUGCACGAGUACCGCAACGGCGCCUCCAUCCACGAGUUCUGCAUCAACCUCAAGCAGCUCUACGGGGACAGCAGGAAAUUCCUGCUCCUGGGCCUGCGUCCCUUCAUCCCCGAGAAGGACAGCCAGCACUUCGAGAACUUCCUGGAGACCAUCGGCGUCAAGGACGGCCGCGGCAUCAUCACCGACAGCUUCGGCCGCUACCGCCGCUCGCUGGGCCCCGCCUCCGCCGCCAACGGCACCGCCGCCGGCAGCUCCGACGAGCAGUCCGUGCCCUCCGAGGAGGACGAGUGGGACAGGAUGAUCUCCCACAUCAGCAGUGACAUCGAGGCCCUGGGCUGCAGCCUGGACCGGGACUCGAACUGAGGGAGCCCGGGAGCUGCGGCCGCCGGGAGCGCGGGGCGGAGUCACCCCCGGGGGGACAGGGGCUGCCCCCCGUGGGGACACGGGAUGGGGACCCGGUUCCAGGGUGAUCCUGGGCUGUGGAGCUGCCCCUGGAGGGACCCCAGGACAGGGAGCUGCCCUCGGGGGGAUCCAGGACACAGAGCUGCCCUUGGAGUGGGACAUGGAACACAGAUCUGCCCCAGGGGGACUCUGGAGCUGCCCUCAGAGGGGACAUGGAACACGGAUCUGCCCCAGGGGGACUCUGGAGCUGCCCUCAGAGGGGACAUGGAACACGGAUCUGCCCCAGGGGGACUCUGGAGCUGCCCUUGGAGAGGCCCAAGAACACCAACCUGUGCCCUGAUGGAGAUCCUGGGGCAUGGAGCAGCCCUUGGAGGGAUCCCAGACCCCUCAUGUGGGAUCUGGGGGCUCCACUGGGUGUCUGCACUGGCCCAGCCCCCUGAACAGCUCCAGGGGCUCCAGCUGGGAAGUGGGGGGACAGAGCUGGAUUUGGGGGCAGGUCUCCUCCCAGAGGGACAGAUCAGCUCCUGAGCAUGCCCCUGUGCUCCUGAGGGAUGUGCUGAGUGCUGGGAUCUGUUCCCAAGGGGCUGGAUCUGCUCCCCCCCACCCAGUUUACAGUUUGCACAGCGGCUCCCCCAGAACUGCCCCCCCCAAUGAAGUUUUACCACAAUGUGAAUUUUUUCACCCUCUCA